GCUAGACAGCGGAGGCGAGGCUCCAAGGGACACAGAGCUCUCGGGGACUACACGGAGAAGGCUUCUCGCUCCCGAGUUGUGCGUCGCCCGCCUGAUCGCUUCUUUUGGUUCCGUCGGGAAUCCACUAACACGCAGGCCUCUCUGAUUGGGAGAGGACAAGGAGGAUCCCCCUGGACAGGCUCAACACGAUCCCUUAUCAUUGGUUGUUUGUUUGCUUGCUUCUUUCUCUCUCUUUUCCUGCGAGUAACAAAGCAUGAAUUUGUAGACGGUGCCUCGCCUGGGUGGAGUGGAGUGGAGCGGGGUGGCGGUGUCUCGCCUGGCGGUCGUCCGUGGCGUGGCGAACUGAGCUUCAAAAAACAAAAAGGCAGAGAAUGGCAACUUUCGUCGUAGAGUCAUCGUGGCUGAGGAGGUGCGUUCUGGUCGCCUGGCCAGGGGCGCCGUUGAGUGGCUGGAGGUGCCCCCGGGGCCGAGAAGAGGGCGCUGGGCAGCUUCGGUGGUGUUAAGUUGCUCGCUCGCCUCUGCAGAUCCAGAGGAGGGAAGGAGCUGGGAUUGGGCGACUCCCAGCUGAGCCGCUCAUGGAUCAGCCGGAGCGCGGUUCAUGCGGAGCGAGAUUGCUGGCGGCGGCGGCGCCUCCUCCAGGCAUGUGCGCGCCAAACUCUGCUCGGAGCCCUUGGCCAGGGCGCAGCGGCUGAACGGCUGCGCCCGGGAGAGGCACGCACACACGGCUCCCUGCGGGCACCUGUGCUGAAAGGGAGGCAGCUAGAAGACCUGGACUGGUGUCUGGUGGCAUCUUUGGAUUGGAUGAGGUCAAAGUGAAGCUUAAUCCACACAAGACAGAGGCCAAAUUAGCCCCAGCUCUGCUGAUCAUGGUCAACAAGACCUUAAACUAUUGGGAUCCCAAUUUUGAGGAUGAGGUCAUCAACAUCAAUGUUGGGGGCCUGAGAAGGAGGCUUAGCUCGAGUGCCCUCUCCAAGUUCCCUGACACUCGCCUCGGGCGCUUGCUCUCCUGUGACUCUGAGGAGUCUAUCCUGCAGCUGUGCGAUGACUAUGAUGUGAGUGCCAAGGAAUUCUACUUUGACCGGAACCCCGGCUUCUUCCUUUAUGUGCUCCAUUUCUAUCAGACUGGCAAGCUGCAUGUCAUGGAGGAGCUGUGUGUCUUCUCCUUUUGUCAAGAGAUAGAGUACUGGGGCAUCAACGAGUUCUUCCUGGACUCCUGCUGCAGCUACCGCUACCAUGAGCGGAAACUGGAGAGCCGGCAUCACAACUGGGACGAAGAAAGUGAGGUCAGCAGCGUGGACACGUCUCCGGAUGAGAUCUCGGAUUUCAACCACGACCUGCUUCGCUACGGCACAAUGCGCUGUGGCAACUUGCGCAAGCGCCUUUGGCUCACCAUGGAGAACCCAGGCUACUCCAUCCCGAGCAAGCUCUUCAGCUUUGUCUCUAUCAGCGUUGUGCUGGUCUCUAUAGCCAGCAUGUGCAUCCACAGCAUGCCAGAGUACCAAGAGAAUGAUGAGGAUGGCAUUUCGAAGGAUGACUCUGUGCUGCAAAACCUGGAGUACUUCUGCAUCUCCUGGUUCACUUUUGAAGUGACCGCCCGUUUGCUGUUGGCUCCACACCUGCGGAAGUUUUUCAAGCAUCCCUUGAACCUGAUUGACAUUAUCUCCGUGCUGCCUUUCUACUUCAACCUUUUGGUGGAUGUGACCAUGGGGAGUGACCCGGAGCUGGAGAACUUGAGCAAGGUGGUGCAGGUGUUUCGACUCAUGAGGAUAUUCCGGGUGCUGAAGCUGGCGAGGCAUUCAACAGGCCUGAGGUCUUUAGGAGCCACCUUGAAGCACAGCUACAGAGAAGUGGGAAUUCUUCUCCUGUACUUGGCUGUUGGGGUAUCUGUUUUCUCUGGAGUGGCCUACACUGCUGAAAAGGAAGAAGAUGUUGGCUUUGACACUAUCCCUGCCUGCUGGUGGUGGGGGACAGUUAGCAUGACAACCGUGGGCUAUGGAGAUGUUGUGCCCGUGACUGUCGCUGGCAAGCUGGCUGCCUCCGGCUGCAUCCUGGGUGGGAUUUUGGUUGUGGCGCUGCCCAUCACAAUCAUCUUCAACAAAUUCUCCCACUUCUACCGCAGGCAGAAGGCCCUCGAGGCUGCUGUGCGGAACAGUGACAAGAAGGAACUGGAGGAAUCUGAGAAUUAUCCGAGCCAAGAGUCAGAGGUUUUAAGUGAAGCCUACCAGAGAGACGAUGAUCUUACCAGAAACAUCCUUCCAGUCCAUUAAAUGGAUAGGGAAUCAGGGUCUUCCAUUUGAUUCUGGCAACAGACACCAGGCAAGGAGCUAGUGUGAUGGUAGGAAGGGCAAUAUCUCUGCCAUUGUGUACGCAUUUGUGAUCAGUGACCUGCUACAGCAACACUUGCAUAGUUCCUAACCUCCUGCUGAGCUAAUGCAGAAUAUCCAUUGACCUUAUGUAUCUGGAUUUCAAGUAUUCCACCAGGAUGCUAUACACUGUGACUAACUCAAUCUUCUACCCAUCAAGGGACACUUGGAGCCAAAUUGCCAAAUUAUUAUGCUUCUUGAUGCAGUCCAUAACUCAUUCUUCUACAGCAGCAGAAGAGGAUAGCUUCACCAUUAUAAGCACUUUUUAAUGAUGUUGGGUCCUUACUGGGGGUGGGGAUAAUGUUAUUAGAAACCCUCAGGUAUGACUUACGGCAGGUAACAAGGCAUCCCAGUUGGACUAGAAAUGCAAGACUGGAGACAAGCAAAUAGGCAAAUUGCACAACUUUUUUUUUUUUUUAAGAUGGCUCUUUUUGCAUUUAGCUGCCACGCUCUGGCCCACAUGUCCUCUGUACAACUACUCUUCACCAUCCAUCCACUUGAUAAUGCAACAUUAUUUCCCUCCUAGCCCAUUUCUAUGCUCUGAAGUCUGGAUUAUGAUUUAGCUUCGUUGCCCAAAAGUUUUGAUAUUGGUUGCAAAGUCUAUCCUGAGUUGCUAUGAUAAAAAGUUUAAUGGCUUCCAUAAAUAAUGAGCUUUACAGAAGAAGGAAUCUCCUGACUCACCUUAUAAAUGUCUGUCAGACAGAGGCAGUGGAGGUUACCAGCUACCUGGUUGUUGUAGCUAAGAAAGAUUAAAUGGACCUGAAGCUGAUGAAGGAAAAUGGGGGGAAUUGUGAUGCCUCAGUGUGCUGAAUAAGGGUUGGAGCGCAUGUUUUGAUCUCUGAGGUGGGGUGGGGUCGCCUUAAUGAUUAGAAUGAAAUGAAUGCCUUUUAUAAAACUAUGCAUGGUAUACCAUAGAGAAAUUGGAUACAGAACCCCCGUCCUUUCUUACCCUCUCUCAGCAUUAGUAGUCAAAGCCGCCCAAUGAAGUUGAAAGAUGGGAUGAAAUGUAGUAAAACAAAUAACUCAUGGGAUUCUCUGCUAGUGGUAGCCACUGGAGUAAAUGGCAUUAAAAGAGGAUUAGACACAUUCAUGGAGGAUAGGUCUGUCAAUGGCCAUUAGCCAUGAUGGCUGUAUGGGUUGCUAUGGGGCAACCGUGGGGAAGGGUUAUUGCCUUUAUAUCUCUCCUGGUGGGCUCCCUGAAAGCAUCUGCCUAGCCUCUGUGGGAAAGGAUGCUGGGCCAGUUGAACCUUUUUUGGCUUGAUCCAGCAGGGCUCUUCCACAGUUACCAUCAGGUGAAGAGAGUGUGUCUUGAUAUUUUUAUGUUCUUGUCAGAUUCUGUUGAUAGUCUGGAGAGUCUCCAGGUGAAGGUGACUAUCCUUCCCACAAAAUCUCUUUAGGUUUUCUAUGGCAUUGCCAUAGCAACAUGUACUCCAGCUACAACAGGGCUGGGGAACCUUUUCAAGGCUAAGGGCCACCGUCUCUUCUUGAAACCUUCUGAGGUCGGCAUGCCAGUGGUGGUUGGGGCCAGAGACAAAAGUGAGCAGAACAGCAUGCAGAUUUACACAGUAGGCGUUUUCUACACAGACCCUCACACCCGUCUCUGUUCUCCUUCAAGGCAAGCAAGAGGCAUCACCAGUGUUCAAGGACACAAUCCAGCCAGGCAGAAGUGUUCAAGGGGUAGAGCUGGUGAGGGUUGUGUCCUGGGGAGAGGAUUUGUGGCUGAAAAGGAAAUCUAGCCGGGGGGGGCAGUCCUGAGGACCAAAUAGCUCUGGAGGGCCAUAUUUGGCCCCUGGUCUGCAGUUCCCCACCUCCGAGCUGCAAAGGAGAUGACUAUUCUACACUGAUACUGCUGUGUAGACUCAGCUGGAAUCAGCAGCAGAUAACCACCCUGGGCUCCUACUGGGAGGAAGGGUGGGAUAUAAAUCUAAUAGUCAUAGUCAUAGUAAUAAACCUUAAAGGUGGUUUUGCUUUAGCAGAUGCAUUGGUCUCAUUACUGAAGUUUCUCUUCCAGUGUGCUCAUAUUGGGAAUCCCUUACCUCACUGUGUAGUUGCAGAGGAGGAGAAGGAACAAAACUUCUAGCUAAGGCUCCAUACCCCCAUGCAAAUAUAGCAUGUAGCACGGGAAUAGCUGUGGAUUUUAUCCUCAUGGGUCAUGACAUGUCAUAACUCCACCUGACUUGACACAUGAUAGUAAGACUCCAAACAGCAGCAGUAACACAAUACCUUUAUUGGGACCAACGAAAAUGUCACAAGCGAGCGAGCCAGUGUUCAAGUUCACAGAACUCUCCUUCAAGGUGGAAGUAAAGCAAGAACACCCCACAUUUACAACAAUCUUAAAAUGGAUUGGAAGAGGUGUUGUGGAUAUUUAAUUAGCCUAGACUGGGCUAGUUGCAGAUUCAAAGGCUACCAAAAGGAAGAAGCAGUGAUUUAUUUUUCCUUUUGAAAAUAUAAAUAAGCAGUUAAACAGAUCUGUUACUAAAGCUAAUCAGAACACAGGAAUCCCUUGUAAGGCAGACAUAAGACUGAUAGUGUAUUGCCAAUGAUAACUGGGGGCACAGACCUCCAGGAGUGUAGAACUACAAAGAAAUAUAGUUGCCUUUAUGUUUGAUCCUGAUGCUAUGGUACAAGGCAGUCCCUUUACACCAGUGCUGUAACAUGUGCAAAAGUAGUUAGCAUCACUACUGAUGUGUUUGGCUAUGCUUAUGCAUACACUCCCCAGAGGAGAGUUCAUAUGGCUUGGUGUAACAUUAUAGAAGUGUGACAUUUUCACUAGAGAAACAGUUGGGUUUUGAAGCCUUAAUACAAGUUUGCCUUUUCUUCUUCUUCUUCUUCUUCUUCUUCUUCGUCUUCUUCUUCGUCUUCGUCUUCGUCUUCUUCUUCUUAAAUUUAUAUCCCGCCUUUCCUCCUGGCAGGAGCCCAGGGCAGCAUGAGAUUCAGAUUUCUGAAAUGGACCUUGGUAAUACCCAGGCACCUUUUUUUCUUAUUUGUCACCAUUCUAUCUGGCAAUAUUAUUUAGGCUGGCAUUGGAUCCUUGAUUUAACAUGAGACUGUAUUGGGUUGGGUUGUCUAGCAUGGCAGUCCACAGAUUGUUUCAGGAUUUCAUUGUGGACAUGGCCCUUUGUUUUGUUUUUCUCUUUAGUGGUUGCAUGGCUGAGAGCAGUUAAACAAGUGCAACUAGUAUUACAGUAUGCCAGGCAAAGUUCUGUCAGGGAAUCUCUUCUAGAUUCAGAGAUCUUAAGGAAGAAGGAGACACAUUUCAGGAUGGAGUCCAGUGAGCGACCCUACAGAAAACAAACUAAUGCUCCAAUCCUUGAGCCACUGAAGUGAUCCUGUUGCUUCACAGUGGGGGUUACUUCAGAGUGGGUGGUGCAAGGAUUGCAGUCUGAUAGCCCAACCCUUUAUGUUUGCUGCACCAAGGCUGCAUUACAACAGCUAAUGUCAUUUUCCACCAGAUGCUACCAGGCCAAAGAUAGUUAUGCAAGCACGAAUGUUUGGGCUAAACUGUUUAACCAGAGAUGCUGCUCUGAGCAGCCUAAGCCCUAGGGAAGGUAGUUCAGCAAGUCAGUCCAUUGGCACGUAAGUUCUAUUUUAAUCCAGUUGCAUCAAACUUUGGUAUGUCUCAAGCUUGCUCUGUGCCUCCCUGUUUCUGUAUGCUUAACUGCUCAGUGGUCUAAGGCAGGAUGGGGGAAACUGUGGCCCUCCAAAUGCUGUUGGGCUCCCAACUCCCAUCAGUCCAGCCAUUGUGGCCAAUGGUCAAGGAUGAUGGGAAGUGUACUCCAGCAUCUGGAGGGCCAUCCAUUCCUGGUGUAAGGGGACAACCCAAACGGGUUAUGGUUAUGAUGGUUAUUAUUUUUGUUAAAAAAGAAAGACAAAGAAGACUGUUAACUUUAAUAUGUACACAUGCGUGCAGUGCACAUACACACACACACCUGUGGGAGGAAUCCUUUCCCAUGUGAGCUUUCCAUCCAACUUUAAUCACAUUUCAAUGCAUUUCCUUGUGUGUUUGCUGUUUGUGUGUUAAGAUUGGUAAGUGGCAUGAUGGUAUUAACUGGCAAUGGAACCAGUGGUUGGAUGCGGUGAAGUGCAUGUUAUAAAACUUUUCCCAUUAUUUAUUUCCUGUAUGCAGUAUAACAUUGGGGCAAUAUGGGGGGGGGGGAGACAGCGCAUUUGGAUAAUUACAGGGAUAUAUCCUCCUUUGAAAAGGGACAGAGGAGAAUGUCCACAUUUGCUGUGAUCCAAGCUAUGCCAGCUGCAUGCGUUGGUCUUCUGCUUGUCCAGACCCAUUGAUGUUGCAGGUGAAAGCAGUUGUGGGGUUAUUAUUGGAUUUGCAGCCUGUGAGAGGGAUUAUUCUUCAGUCCCUUAAAAAGAUACCCACUUUUCAGAGAGAGCCUUCGCUUCUGGUUUAAUGCAUAUACAAGGCCAGGAAAUGGCUAUCAGGGUGCACCCCUGGAGUUUCAGUUAAGAGUAAAAAUCUGUCUCAUAACCCUCUAUUGUGAAUCUCUUUUAUGUUCCUAGUAAUGCCCAAAUAAAUGAGCCUGUAUUUGUUAUCUGUUCAAGAGGCCACGUCUUGAUUCUACCACAGGUCUCUGUGCUCCCCCUCCCCUUUUUUUCUUAAUGGAGAAUUUUAAAAAAAAACAUUGAAAGGUAUUUAUUUAUUUAUUCAGUAUCUUUCCACCCUGCCUUUAAUAUCUCUUUAGCCAUCUCCCUUUGACAAUUAAGCUUAAGAAGUGGGGAAGACACCACUGAUCACUCAGAGCAGGGAUGGGGAACCUGAGGCCCUCCAAAUGUUGCUGGACUCAGCCCCAGCAAGCAUGGUCAGGGAUGAUGGAGUCCAGCAACAUCUGGAGGGCUACAGGUUCUCCAUCCCUGACCAAGAGUAGUGACAAAACCUAGCUGUAGGGAUGUCAAUGCCUAGUUCUUCUUCUCAUGUGGAACCCUAUUUAAAUGCACCAGGAUCCUUUCUUCUCACUUCAACAGGCUCUGAAUUGUGAAUUUUGCUGAAUAAAUUCAAAUCAGUUCAGUGGAUUUUCCCUUCAGCAAUGAGCUUUGUGCCAAGCACAUGGGAAUCCUUCUGGUGGAAUGAACAUGUGACAGUAAUGAGGGGGAGGAAAUAUGCAAGGAUGAACAGACUGCAUGGCUCAGGGCCUACUCUAGGUAACAAAAAGCACAACAUUCCACAAGCAUCCCUGGGAAUGCUGAUUCAACACAACCAAGCAGCCUGUGCAUGACAAAUAGUGUGGCUCCCUGUAUGCAAAGCAGCCAAAGAAGCUUUCUUUCAGUGUUCCUUUCUACCAGCAAGCUGCUGUCUUAGUCUCUGACCUAGCAGGCAAAGGCAACAUAGGAAGCUGCCUUAUGCAGAGUUAGAGCAUUGGUCCAUCUAGCUCAGUAUUACCCGCACUGACUGGCAGCAGCUCUCCAGAGUUUCAGACAGCUUAACCAGCCUUAUGUGGAGAUGCCAGCGACUGAGGCUUGUAUCAAAAUUAGUCUCUUGUUCCAUUAGUGCAAGGAUUUAUGCUUGUGCAAUAGAACUCCCCCCCGUGCACCCCCUAAAUCUAGGGUUCUGGGAGUUCCCCCAACCCACCAGAGCAGAUUUGGAGAGGGGGGCCAUUGCACUGUGCAAGUGUAAAUCUUUGUGCUAACAGAACAAGGGCAUUGGAUACCACAAACCAGAUGCUCUGCUCCUAAGCUAUGGCCCUUCUCUAAAGGGAUUUGACUACUGGCCAGCCAGUAAAGAUGCUUGUGCCCCAGAAAAAGCAUUUGCCAAAAUAUACCCUGAUGAAAUAUGAAGGGGGCCCAUUAUUACAUGCCACUGCCAUUGUGCUGACAAGCCAAAUGCUCCCUUGUGGGCUUCUCUGUAUAAAUCUCAAGGGGAAUGUACGUGUAAUAUGUCGUGUAUAUAAGAGAAUCUUGAAACCUGCUAUUUGGAGAACCCAGAACUGACUUUUGGGAAAGUCCCAUGGCUCAGUAGAAGAGCCCAUGUUUUUUGUAUGCAAAUAGCCCUGGCAUCUCCAAGUAGGACGUGGAAAGACUCCUGCAUGAAACCCUCAAGAGCUACUGCCCGUCACUGAGCCCACACUGAGCUAGAUGGAACAAUGGUCCAACCAGGAAUGUGUUUCCAAUGAAUGCAAGUAACAAAAUGUCCUACAGGACCUAAACAUAUAACUCUUACACCCACAAGACCUAUAUAUGCCUACACAUUAGGUCGACAGCAUUUCAUAAAACUUGUAUAAGUACAUUCAUUCUUGGAUGUUUCUUAUUUGAAUAAAGCUGUUUUUUCCAGUCUCACAAAAAAAAUGCCUUAGUGUUAAUACUACCAAAUUAUACUUUAAUGAAAACAGUUAAUUUGCACAUUUCGCUACAGUGUUCUUCCAGAGAGGGGGUAUGCAUGAUUGCUGUUUCAGUUAUUUGCUAACAUCAUUUUAGCACCCACUACAAGAUUACAAGCAAAUUUCCAUUUACUUUCCUGACACAGGCUCUCAGGUCAUCUAAGAUGCACUUCAUGUAGCAUAAAACAAAGAAUGUCUGCUGUAAUAUCUUCUAUUAUUUAUAAUAUCUCUACGCCCAAGUAACCUUGGGUUGUAACAUCACCACUAGAUAUGCAAAAAAAACCCCAACCAAAACCCUCUUAUUGAGCAUUACAUCUUUCUGAAGUGGUAUGUAUUAUUUUUAUUCUUACUGGCAUUUACAUGUUAUAUAUUCACGUACACUAAAAAUGGAAGUGUUGUAAGGUGUUUGAAAACAUGCAUUAUACAAAUACAUAUGUCAGAGUGCUGUAACUGGAUGCUGAUUCUGGUUGACUGUAUAUGUGAUGACACACGUGUGUGUGUGUGUGUGUGUGUGUGUGUGUGAGAGAGAGAGAGAGAGAGAGAGAGAGAGAGAGGCCAUAAGAAAAUUGCAAAAAGAAUGAAAAGUGGAAAAACUAGUUUUCAAAAGUGACAACUCUUAAUAUUUAUUAUAGCUCAACGCAUUAAAAAUCUGGACAAGCAGAUUUCCUCUCAUGCAACAGGACUGCCGCUUCCUCUCCUCUCCCCAGGUGCCCCCAAAAUCUACUCAGGGAUGUCCCCAAUCCUCUGGAACAGAUUUUGAGGGUUCACGGGAGAUUGCAGGCAACAGGAGAGGCAGAGGAAGUUCCAUCGCAUAUGCAGAAGUCUGUUGCACACACAGAACUGCAGCACUGAAUACAACUCCUUUAGGAGCAAUCAUAGAUUUUUCUGAACAAUGUUACACAAAUGGUACUGGCUAUGAUCGUUCUUAUUGUGCCAGCUAGGUAGUAACAUUUGUGUAAGCAACUUCAGCAAAUCUAGGAUUGCUCCUGGAGAAGAAACUUCAGAUCCAAAACACAUUGAGCUACAUAUAAAAAACAUUAAGAGUUUCUCCUUGUUUCCUUACCAUUUGAUUUCUAUGCCUCCCUCCCUGCUGUUUGUUGGGGUUUUUUGUUUUUUUGUUUUAUUCUUUGUUUGUUUUUGCCUAAGCAAAUUGCCCAACAAAGUAAAACACUGUUCUGGCACAUUGCUUGGCUGGACCCAAAACAUCUCCAGCCUAUCCCCAAAUCAUCCUGUCCGUUAGGCCUCCAUGGCAAGUGUCAGUUUACAGGGAUCCGUUUCCCCCAUGCCUUGCCAAUGCAGGAUGGACAGUAAUAAUCAUUUCUUUAUUAUUGCUGAAAUUUAUAUCCUGUCUUUGAAGAAAAAAAAAAUCAAGGCAUCUCACAACAGCAAUAUAUAUAAAAUAAUAUAAUAACAAAAACAACAUAAAACAAUGAAAACAGCAAUGCAGCAUCAGACUCAGCAUUGGACAAAUCUAACAUGAAAGCACUAAAAACAGUAUCCAGAGAAGCACCCUGUUAAAUUAGCAAAGCCAAGAGUCUUGGACGGCUGUUUCAAAUUAUGAGCACCACCACCAAAAAGGCCCUGCCUCUUACACCAGAGGUAGGCAAUGUGGUCUCCUCCAGAUAUUAUGGACUACAGUUCUCAUCAGCUUCAGCCAGCAUAUGCAAUGGUCAGGGAUGAUGGACACCAGGUUGCCUACAUCUGAUGAUGGAGGAUCUCAAAGAAGGGCUUUAGAAGUAGAGUACUUCUAAUAUGACGGUGAUAGGGAAGCUGAUUCUUAAUGGUCCAGUCUCAAGCCAUUAAGACCUUAAAAGGUCAAAACUAACACUUUGAAUUGAGACCAGAAACAUAUUAGAUGGAGAAGCAAGGGAGGCAACAGGAGUAUGGGGCAAAUAAAUAGCUGUCCUCUUGAGACUUAUUUGCAAGAUUGAUAUAAUCUAUAAAAGUCCCACUUUAUAUUAUGGGAUGAGUAAAUCUUUCAUGGCUAUUCUAUAGACAUGCCCCACUGUUACUAAACAAAGCAGGCAUUGGGUCAGCAUUCUGUAAUGUUCUUGUACUGUACAGUCUUGUUCUUGUACUUUCACUUAACAGUGCUGCUAUUGCCAACCUCUUUCUCUGUGACAAAUGCUGCAAAAUCUUCUAGGGAAAGGAUCUAUAAAUUAACCCAACUCAUUGGCAGGAGGUGGAGUGAGCGAGAGAGAGGGGAGGGGAAACACCUCUUCAUUUUUCUCCAGAGAAGUCCAUAGCAUUUGUUUGCCUUGGGCUUCUUUCUGACUUUGAUUUGCUCAGGCUUGGAAGGAAAGCAGCCAACUUCUUAAAGCACCUUAGCCCGAGAGAUAAAAGGUUUUUCCUUUUAUUACAUCUGGCUCAAUCACCUGCCUGAGCCUGGCUGAAUUACAUCCAUAUUAUCAGGGCUCGUCAAAGCCUUGGGCUGUUUUUGUUCAGAAAGGUGCAGGAAUUGCUGCACAGUUUCAGUCUCUAUUUGUAAUGGCACACUCUUUUCAGAAACCCCUUCCUCUGUUGGGGCCAAUUCAGACAUUCUCCAAGGUUUCAGAGAAGCAGUUGCUGUCACAGUGAUAUGCUUUUCCCCCCAGUGCACUUCUGACAUGAAGCAACUGAAAGCAACUAGGCAAAGGAUGGCUAUAAAGUCUUUUAGAGUGCUUCAGUGAUACUGAAAAAGGCAAUCUAGUGGAAGCCUUUUGUAAUUGCCCAAUUUACACAGCCCUGAUGAAUCUGAUAACAAAUCUCCUCCCCUAUCAGUUCUCUCUAUUAACUUGGGUACCACAUGAUACUUGUGUAUCUUCCCUCAUGGGACACAAAAUAACUUUGGGGAAAGGCUGAUUUUAUAUCAAACCCUGGUUCAAUUUAGAGGCCCUGGAGCUGCUAUUAAAUUUAAAAAUGGAAGGACAUCAUCAUAGAUCUCCCACAUCAUGUCUAGUUGUACGCUCAUUGCAUCAGUGCAAUGGUUUAGAGCUUUUACAUUGCCUGUCCUCAAUUUAACCAUAUAUAUAACAAUAACCUAUUAAGAACAACCAGAACUCUCCCUGUUGGUGAUUACUUUUUGAAAUCAUGUAAGCCAAGUUCUUGCAAGUAUGCCACAAUCAAUUGCCUUUCAACAUCAAAAAGUAAAUGGCAGUGACUUGGAAUAACUAAGGUAGUUUUAACUGGAAUGUUGUGCCAUUGUCCUGAUUCAGCAACAGAGGUCACAUUUAUGUAUGUAUGUAUGUAUGUAUGUAUGUAUUUAUAUAUAUAUAUAUAUCCUGCCCUUCCUCUCAGAAGGAGCCCAGGGAGAUAAACAAAACACAAAAAGCACAUUAAAACAUCUUUUAAAAAGACUUUGAAACAUAACAAAAUAUCUUGAAAAACAUUAAAAUAAACCAUCUUAAAAGCACUUUUUUUAAAAAAAACUUUAAAAACGUCUUAAGAAGCAAUUCCAGCACAGAUGCAGACUGGGACAAGGUCUCUACUUAAAAGGCUUGUUGAAAGAGGAAGUAGUAGGAAAAGUACUUCUGCUUAUCAGUCCCCUCCUUUUCCAGCACAAAAAUAUCUUUGAAACAGCCACUUGCCUUGUUGCCUAUAGCAAUUAAAAAUUGUCUCUCGGCAACCAGACAAGAGAUUCUUUUGUAAAUGGAAAAGAGUUGGUCUUUUUCUUUUACCUUUUGUGGCUGUUGAUGAUGUGCUACAAACGAAAGUAACACAGGGAGGUAACAGACAGCAACACUUUUUUGCAGGGUAGUAACUGUUGGGAACUUAGUUGCAAAGCAAGUAAUGGGUUGGAUGUGGAAAGAUGACGCCUGGAUCACUGACAGUUAUUGAUCAACUCUUAGGGAGAAGAAGGUUGCUUUCUCCAAGCAUAGAGUACCCCACCUCUUGCUUUUUCUUCUAGUUCUUGUAAGUCAGGAGCAAAUGUGUUGGGGUGAAUUUGUUGUCUAGAUUGUCUGCAAACAGUAAAGGUGACGUGUGCUGUGUCAUUGCUCUGCACCUGUAGUCAAUCCUGGAAAUGGGCAAAAGAAGCUUUCAUUCCCUAAGCAAAUGAUUGCCUUGAGCUCUGGGUCCCUUCUCAGACCUGCACGUAUUACCACAAAAAGUUUUCCUUAUGGUAACAAGUAUGCCUUUGGAUACCAGUUGGUGCCCAGCAACAGUGAAGGAAGGGCCAUAGCUCAGUGGUAGGGCAUCUGCUUUGUAUACCCAAGGUGCCAGGUUCAAUUCCCAGCAUCUCCAGGUAGGGCUGGGAAACAACCUUGUCUGAAAUCCUGGAGGGCUGCUGCCAGUCAGUGUAGACAGUACUGAACUAGAUGGACCAAUGAUCUGAACUUGCUAUAAAACAGCUUCCUGUGUUCUUGUUUAGGACCAUUUUGCCCAGAAAGGCAACUAGCAAACUAGAAAGCUUCCCAAAGCAUUUGGUUGGCUGCAGUGGCAAACAGGACCCUAGACUAACUGGACCAUUUGGUCUAACCCAGCAAAGCUCUUCUUAGGCUCAGUGUCUUAUUCAUUGACAAUAUUGUGUGAUUGGUGGCACCUGUCAUAGGGACUGUGAGACAGUAAAAUGCAUGUAUUCAAGAACAUGACUUUCCAACUAUCCCAUCCUUCCCCAACCUGGUGCCCUCCAGAUGUUUUGGACUAGAAUUACCAUCCGCCUCAGCCAGCAACGAGCAUAGCUGUGCUGGCUGGGACCAAUGGACGUUCUAGUCUGAAACAUCUGGAGGACACCACUAUGCUUUAACAAAACAAGGGGAAAAAACCCAGGGGGUUUCAGUCAGCAUCCUCCCUACUCCAGAAGGCAUCAUAACCAGGCAUCUAAUGCAUCUGUUUCCAGGAACUGUGAGUGCUAAGAAGAGGGAAGAGGUGAGAAAAGUCAAAAGGAAUUUAAGCUUCCUUGGCCAGAGUUGCCAAAAAUUGCAUUAAGCUGCAAUAUUGAUAACUGAGGACUGAUCUAAUGAUCUCAGAGCCAUCCCCGUCCAAGAUUAGAAGUGAUCAGGGCAAGCACUGGACUUCAGAAUGCUGUAGCCAUUCUUCUUUAUAAAGCUGAACAAUAUUUUGGUUCCUCUCCUUCAGCAUGAGAGCUUUGAUUUCCAAGACUGAAUUUCUCAUGAACCAAUGCAAGCAGCUUGCCCUUCUGCGCGCCACACCUAGGGUGAUGCAGACAUCAUUGGACAAAAAUGACCACAGAUGUCCUUUAUUGGAGUUUGUUGGGUGAACAGAAGUGGAGAUAGAGAGAAUGUAAAAGUUCAGUUUGUAGAAUAGCUAUUCACUUCUAAUCACAUUAUUAUGAUUAAGGCCUAAUUUGAACACACAUUAGGCAUGCUUAAGUCCAUUGGGAGAGUGAGCCCUCCCUAAUCAUUGGUUGGGUUGCUGUGAUGGUACGGGUGCUUAAAACAUCAAAGAUGCCAAAUCUCUGGCCUUUAACUAAGCUUAUAUGAUGCUAUGGAAUGUUUAUAAAUAUUCUUAAUGCUAAAAUGGGAAAUGCAACCUAAAAGGCCACCUGGAGAGCAUUGACUGAAUUGGAGUGAUUCCGACAAACAUUCAUUGGUUUGAGCACAAUCAUUAGGGACCUGAAAGAAACUGUAUUCUUAAUUUGUCUGGUCUCAUUUGAAGGUAGCUACCAGUCUGGCCAUUGUGUAUCCUGUGCCAUUCAGAUGAUUAUGCCCCGUGUUCCUACUUUAUUUUAUUUAGUUUCAGAACGUAUAUGCUGGCCUUCUGGUACAAGUCAUAUGUUAAGAUCAGCAACAGGUGGGCAGCAUAUCCAAGAAGGUCCUCUCUGCAGUCACCACCCACCUCAUCUUGGACACUGGGGACUAUCUUGCUGCAUGCACAGUUUGAUAUGGGAGGAGAUGGCAUCUCAAACAUCCUAAGACAUGUAGGGCUUUAAAGGCAAUUACCAGUCGUUUAAUGUGGACCUGGAAGUGAACUAGAAGCCACUGGCAAGAUGCACUCCAGAUGCCCAGCCCCCGUUAGAAGACUGCUGUGUCUGUCCUGGACUACCUGCAGUUUCUUGAAUCAUCUUCAAAGGCAGCCUCGCCUUGUGAUACUUGAGCCUGGAAUCGGUACAGGGCUUAAUAUCUAAAUAGAGGGCCAACCUAGAUGUGAAGUUACCAUGCAUUUUAACAUGCAGGAUUUUAAAAAUGCAAAUACCAUCAACUGGGUGAGGGGGGCUGGUAAUUAUGGAUUGCUGCAGGUGGGGAGGGGAAAAUAUAACCUGUUCAUCCUCUUGCUGUGGUCUUGAGAAUCCUUCCUCUGGAGCUGGCAUUUGCUUUCUUUGGGGGAGGGUCCUCUAUUGGCACUGAUAAUUAUAUCUUUUCAACACACAGUUGGUGCUAUUUGUAUUGGGGGGAAAGCUGCACACUAUGUGCAAAGGGGCAUUUAGCAUGAAUGGUAAUUUGGGCUUGAGAUGUGUUGGGAAUGUCCCUGGAAUUCAAUCUCUCUGCUUUCUGCACACAAUCAAGAGCGCUUCUGUAACAAACCCAGAAGCAAAUGAAGCCUUAGCACUGGAAUAAAUCAAAAGCCCUUUUGUUUAAAAUGCUUAUCUGCAUGCUUUUCCAAACCAGAAAUGGCUUGUAACCCAGCCUGUACACAUGUUGGCUUGGAAGUAAGCCUCAAUGAAUUUUAAGGGUCUUAUACCCCAUUAAGUGCAUAAGACUGCAACCUUAUUGAAUCCAUUUUAGCUCUUUUGACUAGUAUGGUGCUGUAGUAGCUAGAGUGGCAGGGAAGGUGGACCCAGGUUGAAAUCCCGUUCAGGUAUGAAGCUUGGUGGGUGACCUUGGGAAAGUCACUGUCUCUCAUGGCAACCUGCCUCAAAGAGAGUUUGUGAAGCUAAAAACUCUGCUUUGAGCUUGGAAGAAAGUGAGUCAAGAUAUCAAUGCAAGUAAACAAUAAAUGGAAGUUUUCCUGUGUGGUUUUUAGCCAUUUUUCUGCCAAUCAUUUUUGUUGGGCAUGACCCCCUAAUAUCAGAAAUAACUGCAAUCCUUUGUGAUAGCGAGCUGGGUGUCGGGGCUCUGAUUAUUCCUGUUGACUGAGGGGUCAAAUGCAGGCUUCUCUGUUUGGCCCUUGAGACUCUAUUCAGGCCACUUACACACUCCUCAGCCACACCUCUCACUGGCCUUACUUUACACCCUCAUUGAGUGUUUUUGCCUGGCUGGCAUGUGUCCUUGCAUUCUGAUAAUGACCCUUGCUUCACUGGAGAGAUGGAGAAUAGGGGUGUGUGUAGAAACUAGUCUACUGCACAAAGGUAAAAUUCACAUUAAGUCUGCUCGCUUUUGCCUCUGGCCUCGCCCACCACUCGCACGUGGCCCUCUGAAGGUUGCCCAGAAGGGAAUGCAGCCCUCUGACUGCAAGAUGUUCCCCACUCCUGCGGUGGAUGAGGGCUGGAUCCCUCAUUCUAGCGCUUAUAAAACUGCUGCAUUCAGUUAGUUUGACAAAAAAAGGAGACAAGCCUCAAUCUGCUAUUACUGAAAGAGAAGCAUUAUUUUGGAUAGCAUCAAGAUCACAAGAAGCCAUUUGCAUUUUUGAUUUACUGGCUGAGGAAAGAUCUCAAAAAAAUUAAAUACUCCCUGAGGAAGCAUUUUCAGAGUCAAAAUGUGUCGGCCUCCUUCGCACAGCACCUGCUUGGGGAUUGCCUCUUCCCUCCAUUGUGCUUCUGUUGCUUGUUUCUUUCACUUUAUGACAACAUGCUAACAACACAGUCCUAACCACAGGACUACGAGAAGUAAGCCCCAUUCAAUUCAGUGGGGUUUGUUCCCAGAUAAGUAGGGUUAGGAUCGUAGCCUCACUUUUUUUUUCUUUGUGUGUUUUACCAAGAAAGUGAAGGUGAACAUGUGAACUGUCUCCUUUGAAAAGCAUUGUGCUCGGAGCUUCGUGGAGGAAAUGAAAGACACAGUAAAAAAGAAAAUAAAACAGUUGUUUGUGUCCUCUGCUUUUUAGCUUUCCGUGAGCUUGAUGUGGUUGCACAGUGCUACAAAGGCUGUGCGUGUGGCGUUUGAUCUUUGAUGACUGUUCUAAACAAGCAAGCCCUUACUUGAUAUUAUGGCCAUACAUAGGUCAGUGUGUGUGUUUGUGUGUGUACUCACCCCAAAGGGUGACUUGGGGCCAAACUAGAUACAGUGUCAAUGCAUAUUUGCAUUGAACAUGCUGGUUAACCCUCCCCCAGUUGGUACUGGGAAGAAAUCUCCCAUUGGCACCAAUGGGAGCUUUCCUUCCAAAGCAGAGGAGUGAUUUUCAUCAGGACCACAGGAAAGAAUUAGACUUCUACCCCCCUUCCCUACAGCCGGUUUGGAUUUUUUUUAAAAAAAAACCUGCUCUCAAAUGCAAAAACACUUCUGACACCACGUCUACUUUGAUCCUGAAGGCUCAGAUAGUCCAAAGCAGCCAUGAAAGCUUUCAGAGCAUAGAGGUGUCAACUUAGUCCCCAGGUCUUAUUAAAUGUGCAUAAUAUGGUGUGUAAAGUUUCUGAAUUCAUGUUUAGCUUAAUGUAUGUGUAAAUUACUAUUCCUGUGUGCACAGACACGAUACUCAUUUAAACAGGAAACUGGGCACUUAAAAGAAAAAGUCUGCGUGUAGGUGGUUAGCCACCUUUUUGGCAGCUUGGCUUUGAAGAAACAGUCCUGAAAUCAUCUGUUACAUAUCAGUCCUUUGAAGCUCAGAGACUAAAGCGCAAUACAUAAGAUCACACCUCAUGCCGGCUCCAAGUGAAACUCAAAUAUGGACAUGACAUUUUUAAGCAUGAACAUUAAGGUCAUCGUCUUCCAUUCUUAAGAAACAGAUGGGGCCAUUCAUGGUUCAGACCUCGCUCAUUGUUGUGAGAAGUUACUGCUGAAGAAGGAUGCUACAGAUACUUGAAUAUAGGGGUACCUGUUUGCUCCUCAAUAUAUUCUGGUAGCAAAAUGUACUUGAUAUUAGAUGCUAGUUAAAUAUGCUAAAGAAAACUGUUAUGCAACUAGAUCAUCAAAAAGCAUGUACAAUAGUAAUUUUAUAUUUAUGCAUGAGAUGCAUAUGGUAUAUUUUAUUAAAGAUCUU